AGAGGCAGCAAAUCUGCAUGAUGGUAGGAGCAGCUGCUGUAGGGCAGUCUUACCUCUCCACAAUUACAGCAACAGUUAAAGCAAGAGCUCAAGAGCAACAAAGAGGGCUAAUAGGGUCGUCCGGACCGAUCCUAUCAAUCCCGGCCAAGGAUGCGGCGGCUGCAUUGAGACAUGAAGGUGGCGGCGAGUACCAGUUACUUGAUGUUCGGCCAGCUUGGGAAAGAGAGAAGGCUUGGCUGCAGAAUUCUCUUCAUGUGCCCCUCUAUGUAGAGGACACCCAGAUGGACCCUCUAACCCUCCUCAAGAAAUGGGUUCAUUUCGGCUAUAUUGGUCUCUGGACUGGCCAGCGUUUCACCACCCUCAAUCCUAGCUUUGUUUCUGAGGUUCAGAGUCUUGUUCCCAUGAAAGAUGAGAGGGUUCUAGUUGCCUGUGGGGAAGGGCUUAGGUCCAUGGUUGCAGUGAAGAAGCUCGAUGAAGUUGGCUAUGAGAACCUGGCAUGGCUUGCUGGUGGUUUCAAUAGUGCUGGAGAAGAAGAUUUUAAUAAAGUUGAAGGGAGUACCAAGUUACAAUAUGCUACUGUGGGAGGGGUUUCCUAUUUCUUUCUCCAGCUGUUGUUGAUCCUAAAAGUGAUCGGCCCGUAGUGUUCUCAAAAGCUUGAUAGGUUGUGAGAUGAGUUGGAGAAUGAUUGGUUUUUCUGUUGUGCUCAUUAAUUAUUGUAUCACCCAAAGUUCUACUUUGCUUAGGAGCUAUUUUAUUUAUUGAAAUGAAAUACAAAGUACUCUAAAUGUAGGGGAAAUCAAAUUUUGGGGGUUUGAUUUGAUGAAAAAUAAAUGCAAUAUUAAUUUCAGUGAA